UAUUCGAUUCAAAACUGGCCGAAUCUCGAUCUGAUCUCAAAGGAAGGUUCUACUGGCCGGAUGGAAAAGAGAAGUCUCAAGUAUCGAUCCAAAGCUCAACAUCUACCACAAAUAAAUGCUACAGGAAAUUCAGCAUUAGAAUCCCUGCCAGCUACAUCGCAAAAGGGAAAAAACCGAUGAAAGUAUUCCACCUCGGCGUGACAGAUCUUUCCAAGAAGCAACCAGGAGAAACGAUCGAUUGCGUAAACU